GUUUAGAUGGUUCGGCCUGCCACUUUUCGAAGUUUCGCCUGCUAACUAGAGGAAGUUUUUGUAUCAAACAGCAGAAUGUCGCUCAAAAAAGUUUUGAUUGUAAACAAGACAUUCCCGAAGGCUGGACUCGAUUUAUUAAAGAAUAAAGUAGAAACGACAGUGUUGCCAUAUUUAGACUACCAACCAGAGAUGUUGCCCGAAAUUAAGAAAAAUCUAGCGGGAAGUCACGCCUUGAUUUGGAAUACGAAGCAUCGUCUCAACAAGGAGUUAUUGGAUCUAGCUGGUCCACAACUUGAGGCCAUUACCACCAUGGCAUCUGGCGUCGACCACAUAGACGUGGCAGAGGUGGCCAAACGCGGUAUACCGCUAGGAAACACCCCGGACUGCCUCAACAAUGCCGUAGCCGACAUUACUGUGGGACUAAUGAUAGCUGCUGCUAGGGGAUUCAAACCUGGCAUUCAGGAAGUGGAACGAGGUGAAUGGAAGUAUGGCGUCCAAUGGAAGUUAAGUCGGCAUAUAAACGGUACAACUGUGGGCAUUGUGGGCCUUGGCGGCAUCGGCCAGGCGGUGGUUAGGCGUCUGAAGGGCUUCGAUGUGGGGAAAUUCGUCUAUUCUGGACGUACUGAUAAACCAGAAGCGAAAGCUUUGGGAGUUGAGAGGGUUCCAAUAGAUCAAUUACUGAAGGAGAGCGAUUAUGUGCUCCUCUGUUGCCCUCUAACUCAAGAAACGAAACACCUCAUUAACAGAGAAACCCUCAAAUUAAUGAAAGAUACUUCUGUUAUCGUUAACAUCGGUAGAGGAGAUAUUAUAGACCACGAAGCUUUGUAUGAUGCUUUGAAAGAGGGGCGUAUUUUCGCAGCGGGUUUGGAUGUCACUUCACCAGAACCUAUUUCUAAGGAUCAUCCACUUGUAUCACUGCCUAACUGCUUAAUUAUCCCACACCUGGGCAGUGCAACAGCAGACACUCGAGAUGCAAUGGCAAAACUGUCGUCACAAAACAUACUGCAAGCUUUUGAAGGAAAGCCAAUGGCGUAUCCGAAUAUAGUUCCCAGUAUUUUAUAG